GGUCUUUCCUCCUAAGCAGCAGCCCAAAAUUUCGCCACCUCCCGUCUAUCCCUCCAUCAACUUCUCUAGCUAUCUUCUUGGUGGAGACAAAUUCGCAUGCAACAUGGUUGUCGCCGAUAUAAUGGUCUCUACCGUCGCAAUGGAGAAGGGUUCCUCCAUUGCAGAAGAUGAUGGUCAGUUCUUACUCACCCCACUCCACGAUGGAAAGAAGAAGAAAAAGAGAAGCUCAUGCCAUGAGACCAAAUGCGAGCUUGUGGACUACUACUCCUUACCCAGCUUCUUAAAGCACAACGAGUUCAUCCUCAACUACUACCGUUCCGAAUGGCCCUUGAAACAGACCAUCCUCAGCAUCUUCUCAAUCCAUAACGAGACCAUUAACGUCUGGACGCACUUGAUUGGAUUCUUCCUCUUCUUCUCUCUCACCGCAUGCACGGUGAUGAUGGUCCCAAUGGACGCAACUGUCUCCUCUCCGGUACCAUUGCCUUUGGCCAACCUUCCAUCCACCACCAAUGUUUCUGACCCUCUAAAUCCCCGCCACCAUGGACUUGUCGCCAUGGCUUCCCCUCAAGGCAACCUCACUGACAAAAUCGAGACGGACCCGGCACGAGGGAUCACUACUCGAUGGCCCUUCUACGCCUACCUUUGCGGUGCCAUGUUUUGCUUGAUAAUGAGCAGUGCUUGCCACCUCCUCUCGUGCCAUUCCGAGCACACGUGCUACGUCAUGCUCCGCCUCGACUACGGCGGCAUCUCCGCUCUCAUUGUCACCUCCUUCUACCCACUUGUCUACUACUCCUUCAUGUGUGAUCCCUUCUUCCAAAGCCUCUACCUCUGCUUCAUCACCGCCUUCGGCAUAGCCACCGUGUUGGUCUCGCUCGUGCCGGUGUUCGAGACACCGGAGUUCCGGUCGGUCCGGGCUGGGCUCUUCGUGUGCAUGGGACUAUCCGGAUUGGUACCAAUAGUGCACAAGGUGAUGAUGUUUGGACACCGGCCGGAGGCCGUUCUGACGACCGGUUAUGAGAUGGUGAUGGGAACAUUCUACGUGCUCGGCGUGUUGGUCUACGCCGCAAGGAUACCGGAGCGGUGGAUGCCGGGAAAGUUUGACCUGGCCGGCCAUAGCCAUCAGCUGUUCCACGUUUUGGUCAUUGCAGGGGCCUACACACACUAUCUUGCUGGCUUGGUGUACCUCAGAUGGAGAGAUUUGGAAGCGUGUUAAGAGUAUGGGAAAUUGAAGAUUUUGUGUAAUACGUGAUUAAUAAAGAAUAACACAAGAAUUGUACAAACUUGACGUGUGGGUUUGGCGUGAAGCCUGUGGAAGGACUUGGUCAAAGAGAAAGAUACAGGGUUGGUGCGGCAGAUGGCGAGGGUGUCGUGACAGUUUGACCGUCAGUUAGUGGAGCUCGAUUGGUCUUCUACAGUAGAGUGGCUCGUUCCCUCCUCUCAAGUCAAAAGUGGAGUAUCCGGACCGAGUCAUUGAAACUUGUAAAGAUCUGUGUCAACUCUUCUUCAUGAGCUUAGCAUAAUGUAAUUUCACUAAUUUAUAUUAAUAAAU